CCGUCCUGUUCCGCCUGUUUAGGGAAUGACCUCGACCAGUAGCAUUUUAUUCCAUUUUACGGUUGGGAUCCAUAAGACAACUUCAUAUAAUUCAGUAAAAAUCCCCCCCUCUCACAUUUCCCUACCGCCGUUUGUACUAGGUUGGGAAAGUAGGUCAACACACUGCAUUGCUGUGUUUUUGAUCUAAUUUUUCUUUUUCUUCGUACAUCCAAAAAAGAGACGAUUGAAAGAGAGAGAUCAAGGCGCGGUAACCCCUCUGUUAACCGCGGCGCAUUCAUCGCGUGCCGGGCACUUCAUACACAACAAUUCUAAUUGGGCGUAUCCGACUUCUUUUUUUUACCCCUUGUCAAUAAUCGCUUUCUCGAGACCUUGGUACCUUUUGUUUUGUUGAGGUUACUUGGAGUGAUUGAAGGCAUUUAGUUUGGCUUCGGACAAACGCCGCGAUUGUCGAACUAUAUCACCUUCAAGCCCAUAAUUUCACAUUCAGACCUCAAUUUCUAUCCCACACCGACUUCACAUGUUUCUAUUGCGAGUCGACUUUGUGAAAUUGGUUUAGGUCGGAAGUCUUGUCUCAAUCAAGUCCUCGCCAAAGGAGAAACCCUUAAGUAACAUCAAUCAAGAUGGAUCCUAAUAAUCGCCUUUACCUCAACUUCGAUAAUAAUAAUAACGGCCGCCUUGCUCCAUCCGACCGACAAUACCCCACCACUCCCUCGACUUUCCCCCAGCCGGUAUUUCCCGCGCCGUCUCAACAGCAUCUUGCAACCCAGCAAGCUCAAGCCCAGCAGUACGCCGGAGGCUAUGCCCCAGCUAAUAGUUAUUUUGCGCCGAACCAAUACCAGGGUCCCUCUGACUAUGUGAACCCCCAAGCCGCUGCGGCCUACCAACCUCGAUCCAAUACUCCGGGUACUAAUGAUCCCAAUGUUGGCCUAGCCCACCAGUUCUCUCACCAGAACCUAGGAGGCGCCGCCCGAGCUAAUGCCUAUGGAGCACGUGGUCCUUCGCCGGGUCAGCGCCCUAGAACGGCGGGUUCUUCUGGUCAACAACCUGGCUACAGCUACCUGAACCAACCGAUGCCUGCCCCGGCAGCUUCACGCCAACCCGAGUUCCAGCCUGCGCCAGAGCGAAGCCCUGAGAAAUACGGUCUAAAUGCGAAUAACAACCAGAAGAAGUGUUCGCAACUAGCGGCUGAUUUCUUCAAGGAUAGUGUCAAGCGUGCUCGGGAGCGCAAUCUAAGACAGAGCGAGAUGGAACAGAAGCUUCAGGACCCCAACCAAUCCUCUUCGAGACGUGAACAAAUCUGGCAGAAUGGCGGCAAGAAGGAGGCUAGGUACUUACGAUUCCUGCGAACCAAGGAUAAGCCCGAGAAUUACACAACAGUCAAGAUUAUCGGAAAGGGUGCUUUCGGAGAAGUCAAGCUGGUCCAGAAGAAGGCUGAUGGCCAAGUUUAUGCGAUGAAGUCUCUCAUCAAGACUGAAAUGUUCAAGAAGGAUCAAUUGGCGCACGUCCGAGCCGAACGAGAUAUUCUCGCCGAGUCUGACAGUCCUUGGGUCGUCAAGUUGUUCACAACUUUUCAAGACGCAAAUUUCCUGUACAUGCUCAUGGAAUUCUUACCGGGUGGAGAUCUGAUGACAAUGCUUAUCAAGUAUGAAAUCUUCUCCGAGGACAUUACACGUUUCUAUAUUGCGGAGAUCGUGUUGGCAAUCGAAGCUGUCCAUAAGUUGGGCUUCAUCCAUCGUGAUAUCAAGCCUGACAACAUUCUACUCGAUCGGGGAGGACAUGUUAAGCUCACUGAUUUUGGUCUAUCUACAGGUUUCCACAAACUUCACGAUAACAACUACUAUCAGCAGCUUCUACAAGGAAAAUCUAGUCGGCCUAAAGAUAGGAACUCAGUUGCUCUUGACCAGAUUAACUUGACGGUUAGCAAUCGUUCCCAGAUCAACGAUUGGAGGAAGUCGCGAAGAUUGAUGGCCUACUCUACUGUGGGAACGCCGGAUUACAUCGCGCCCGAGAUUUUCACAGGACACGGUUACACAUUUGAUUGUGAUUGGUGGUCAUUGGGUACCAUUAUGUUCGAAUGUCUUGUUGGUUGGCCACCUUUCUGCGCUGAGGAUAGUCACGACACGUAUCGAAAGAUUGUUAACUGGCGACAAUCUCUGUAUUUCCCAGAUGAUAUCACCCUGGGAACAGAGGCUGAACAUCUAAUCCGAAGUCUCAUUUGCAACACUGAAGUGCGACUUGGAAGAAGUGGCGCACAGGAGAUCAAGACUCAUGCAUUCUUCCGUGGCGUCGAAUUCGACAGUCUUCGACGUAUUCGUGCUCCUUUCGAGCCACGCUUAACAUCGGCUAUCGACACCACUUACUUCCCGACAGACGAAAUCGACCAGACCGACAAUGCGACGGUUAUGAAGAACCAAGCCAUUGCACAAGGAAAGCAGGUCGAAGAAUCCCCCGAGAUGAGUCUGCCUUUCAUCGGAUACACGUUCAAGCGGUUCGAUAACAACUUCCGUUAAUCGUGUGAUUCUGUCUCAGACGGGCCUUUCAAGGCCUGCUGUCGAGAGUUCAAUAUACUAGACACUACUGAGUCGUGUCUUAUGUCACUGGGCUAUUGGUAUGUCUCCAGGCCUGAUGAUUACCUAGGUAAUGUUGGAGUGAGGCCUGGCAGCCUCACCAGGAAGGGGAGGCAAAAUAUCAAACCAUGUCACAAGAAGGGAUACAAUGGUCUGUCUAAUCAUGAUAAUAUCAUGCCGUAAAUGGUCAUGGGAAUGAAAGCUUUUGUAUUGCGAGUUUUUUUGCUAUGUGACAAGAUGAACUGGAACGAUGGACUCGACGAAAGCUAGCUAUCGACAGUCGGAUGAUGUAAUGCUUGGAGAGCUAUCGUAUGGUCACAGGACAAAAAAACUCGAAAUCAGAUACGUUGUUAGAUACGAAAGUGAAGAUUAGGUAGAUAGAUCCUGAACUUGUUUUGAUCUCAGUGAAAAA